UUCGUCGGUCUAUCUAAUACUGGCACAAUGCUCAUCCUCAUAGACAGUCAGCGGUAGCGUUGUCCGUGAGGGCAAAAUUCUUUCCGGAAAAUAAAGGAGGAAAAAUAGGCUUCAAAGUAACCUGACCAAGACGAUGGAGCAGAGCGCCCCACAACUACCGUGGGACUUCUCUCUGGCCGGCAAGGUGUUGCGCUAUGAUCUGCACUUCCACAAGAUACUGCAACCGGGAACCGCAAAUGCGGCUGGGGAAGAUUCUUCGCCACAGCAAACUACCACAGAGGAAGCGGGCGUUUCGCUAAAGUUAUUCGGGGACGUGCCUCGGCCGUAUGUGUCCUAUCGAAACGAGAUCAAAAUCCGUAUUGGCAGCGAGAACUGCCAAGCGCUCCCCGGGAACCGGCUCCUGCUCACGGCCGUGCUGCCGCCGCGAAUUGCUAGCGACGCAGCUACUUUUUCACCCCCACCCUCACCCACCACGAGCGUGGCCUAUAAUCGGCAGCACCGCUCGGUCGGGAGCGUAGAGAUUCUGGAUAUUUGCUUCGCCACAACGUCCAAAACAAAUCAUACUACUCCAACGACAUCAGCUUCAGCAUCAGCACCAUCGACCGAAGAGAAUGCUCCACCUCCAAGGGAAAUCCUCGCGAACGCUUCGACAUUGCAAAGGUGGUCCGAGGCCGAAGACGACGGAGCGUUGUUCCGCGUCAGUGGGGUUUUGCAAUCUUGCGAAGUGCCGGGUAUAAUGCGGACUGACAGUGCGAUGCUGGAACGGUCCCCGCACCUGCAGCACGCCCUUCCGCUCGCGGGGGCGACUUCUUCUAUAAUGGCCGCGCCGGUCGGAAUCGAGCCGCACCCGGCUGCACUCUUGUCGACGUCCUCACCCACUCCAUCACCAACGAGCAACAGCAGGAGGAGGAGGAGCCCUUCUGGCGCUGCCAGGGCGGUGGAGACAACUGCAACGACGUCCUCGCCCCCGGAAAACAAUAGAACUGCGGAUGAUAGUACAACAACGGGGACAAUAACGUCCGCUUCCGCACAGGAUCUUCAUGUCAACGGUCGAGUGGCAGCAAGAUCAAUGCCAAUCGGGACACAGCGUAGCGCAUUGGACGAAGAGGUGGAAGAGGAAAUGGAGGAGAACAGCAGCCUCGACGAAAGCACGAACAACUACGUCGUCGACGAGACGCACAGCCCGACGAGCCUGGACACCGCCACGCCGCAGCAGCUGCGGCAGCUGUUUCAGGUUAUGCAAAACGGCGGGGCCAUCUUCGUGAACGAUGCGGGGACGAGGAGCGACUCCGGCUCUGAGGAGACUGAAAACCAAAAUGAUUCAUCGGGUAGUGCUUUCCUGGAGCUGCCCGCGGAGCUUCCGGUAGACAUGCAGGUGCGCGUCUGUGACAUCGACAGCUGUCCUGUAGUAUCCGCUGCCUAUAACAUGUCUGGGUCUUGAAGAUUGCGAGACUUGUAAUGCUGAACGCCCAUAAUCCUGAAGUGAACUCUGUCAUGCGUGUCUCGGAAUGGCGGUAGCGCCCCUCCUCCGUGAUGCAAGAAGGCUGUUUCUCGUGUGCGUAAGCCGCGUAUCGCACCACAGAACCGCUCAAAGAUUUCUCAUGCGUGGCCGCGUAAUGUACUGAGUUUGUCAAAUUCGCGUAUUAGCAUGACAACCUUGUUCGACUGUCCCAGACAUCAUGUUUGCAUCGCAUGGCCGUGUUUCGAGGAUUUUUCCGAGAGCCUAGAAAAGUGUGUGACGGCGGAGUGCGGCCACGCGUACUGCCGCCAGUGUGCCCUGAACGUGUGUCGGAUGCGACCGCCCCGGUAUCAGGGACGGUGCGCGGUCUGCCGCAAAAAGUUCUCGUUGCGAAACAUGUUCUGCAUCCAGGGAGGUGGGGCCGGCACAAGCGGGACCUCAAUUGCUGGCGCGGAGUCGUUGGCCUUGGUACGCUGUUUUCCCGGGUUCGGAUUAGGAAUAAAUGAGAACAGGAGCAGAAGUCCGCGGGCAGCUGCAGCUGGGCACCAGAACGAAGUUUUGAUUUCAUCUGGGGGAAGUGGUCCUCCUCCUCGCUCCUUGCGAUUCACCCGCGAAGACUUUGAGGAAGAGGUGUUUGAGCGGGCCGCCGCAGCACUGGAGCUGUUGCAAAGUCUUGAAUACGAAAUCGCAAAAGUAGCCCUCGGACGGACGAUCGUGCUAUAGUAUGUUGUAAGCAAUUGCAAUAAGAACGAAACAGAAACGCGGAUUGAAGGAAGAGCUGCAACUGUUUAUCCUAAAUUUGUUUGAUCUUACAGAAGUUGUGCUGGUGCGUUUUAAUUCAGUACACCAUCUUCACGAACACGAUCGGUGACCACUUUUGCAACGCAUAUUGCAGAAGGUGUGCGAGAGCAAAUCGAUUUUUCUGGUGAAGAAGCUCCAGCUGGUGCUGGUCCCGGUGCAGCGAUUGGUACAACGAGAACUCUGCCGCCGGUACAACCGCCGGGAACACAACGGGGGCAGAACAACCUCCCCCCCCUGCAGGUAGGAUCCUAUCUGUUGCCCAUGGUGGAUGAAACAAGCGUGGAUGUUGAGACGCCGUCGAGAACGAGGCAUCGCAACAACUCGCAACGCCCGACGCCAUUGCGCAUCGAAGAGCGAAGUGUAGUUGCCAACAUCUCUGAUAGGGACCACGAGCAGGAUGAUAAUACUGACACGUCAACACGACCACAACUUGUUCCUAGAGCGCACAGAGUAGCUGUCGGUCAACCUUCAUCUCUGCAAGACGAUGUGACAAGGGAGCUGAACCGUAUCUACGGCGUGACAGGCGAGCUGCACGAGGGGCAGGACAUGAUAGACCCCCAGCUGGCGGAGGUGCGGCGACUGCGGGCGGAAAUGUUUCAGAGGUCCCGACGGUUUCAAGCGCGGGUAGAGGAGCAGGAGGCGUGGCAGCAGAGCCGGCCCGACGAUGCAGCGAUGGAGCGGGCGCAGGCUAUCCUGUGCAAAAGUAUCGUACUCGUAUAAAUGCAAGUCUUGCAUUACAAAUCUUGUUCCUAAGGCAAAUCUGCAUCACAAAUUUUUUCUCUCAUGCUGAGGAAAUUUGUAAUGCAUUUAUUUUUAUACGAGUGCGAUACUUUUGCAAUCCAUACAGGCCGCCAUGGAACGACUCCAGCGAGAACUCGCCAACAUGCGUAUUACAGUGAAAAGUGCCCCCCACCCCUAAAUUGCAAAAAUUUGUGAUGCGAAGUUUCCAAAUGAAAACUUUUUGUCAUGCAUGAAAGGAGUACGAAUCUUUCUGAUGCAGAAUGUAGGCGUGUAUCGCAUCGCUUGCAUGACAAGCGCCGAUCUUGCUGGGGUCUUUUGCAAUACAAAUUUUUGCUAUUCACGAUUGAAAACCUGUGAUGCUGAUAGAUGCAAGAGGGCGAAUGUUUCAUUUGGAAAGGUUUGCAAUACAAAUGCUCCGAAGUUCGGGGGUGGGGGCAUUUUUCAUUGUAAUAAUGCGGCAUCUGACGGCGCACGAUGACCACGAGACUUCCUCGUCGUGAAAGGAGAUGGGUGAGGACGAUCCAUUGUCCGUGAAAAAAGCUCCUGCACUUAACAUUGGUGUUGUUGUAAUAAAUAUGUAACAUCAACAUCAUCAAACACGAUUUAGAUAUGGAUUUUUACAGUACUUACACUACUCUAGAUACUGUACCUGCUCCCUGUUGAUGUGCUUGUUUGAGACGGAGGAGUCGGUGCUUGUUUCGACGUACACGCGUGCUUUUACGUCGCGAUCCCGUACUUUCGAUAGGUUUUCUUGAAAGCGGACGAACUCCUGCUGGGAUCGCAAUGAAUCUAAUUGAAUUCCGUAUCCUUUUAUCUCAACAAA